AUGCGCGCCGACAAUGACGCAGACUUCGGUGCUUGGCUACUUCAGCUCGGUAAAGGUCAACUGCCGUCGGUCGACGGUAUUCCGGACACUAUCAACAUCCUACCGCAACUGGUUUGCGACGUUGUGGAUUUGACCGAUUUCGUCUAUCCGCAGCAAAUGUCGUUGGCCAACGUCGACGAGUUCGCUCGGAGAAUCAUACUAUGUCCCCGCAACGAGGAAUGCCACCAAAUUAAUUCCACAGUGCUACGACGCGUAACGGGCGCUGUAAGAACGUACUACGCCAUAGAAACAGUGAUGAUCGACGACGCCGACGAAGCGGCAAACUACCAGACAGAGUUCCUCAACGAUCUGCAUCCGAACGAGCUUCCGUCGCACGAGUUAACGCUCAAGGUCGGUUCGAUCGUCAUGUUGCUUAGAAACAUUGAUCCGAAGCGACAACUGUGCAACGGGAUGAGGUUGGUGGUCACCGAACUGCGGAGACACAACUCCAAGGCGAGGAGGUUGUCCGGCGCUGACGACGCGCAAGAAGACAUCAUCUUACCCGCUGUUUCGAUGACUUCCGGUGAGGAAGACGAUUUGCCUUUUCGAAUGAAACGGAUUCAAUUCUCGGUACGGUUGUCGUUUGCCAUGACAAUCAACAAGUCUCAGGGUCAAACGUUCGACCGAGUCGGUUUGCUCCUGCCGUCACCCGCCUUCAGCCAUGGACAGUUGUACGUUGCGUUUUCAAGAGUGAGGGACGCGCAAUCAGUUAAAGUCAGCAUGUAUUGCGAUGGAAAUGGUCGAUUCGUCACCAAGAAUAUCGUGUAUGCAGAAUUUCUCUGA